AUGUCGUCCAACUACGCUUCGAGUCGCCGCGGCGGCGGCCAGGUCAACUUUUCGACAUUUAUCCAGGAUCUGAACGUGGAGGUGCCGUCUCAGGGAACUUCUCCCGUGAGCGACGAUUGGGAUAAGGAUCUGGCCAUGUUCACAAACACGCAAUUCUUCGAUUGGGAGAAGGCCUCAGGUGCGGCCGAGUUUCAGGCCGCUACCCUUCACGGGCCAGAGCCCGAGAAAAAGCCUGCCGCAGCCGCAGCUGUUGAGCCUGCUCCGGCUACUUCAGCAGUGGGAGAUUUCAACUUCGACAUUCAAGACGACUUCAACAACUUUGACUUUGGCACUUUUGCAACUCCCGCUGUCCCUAGCUUCUCGGACAAUAUAGGGAGCCUGCAACAGUUGCAAUCAAAUCAGACGGCCGCGUAUCAGUCGGCGCAACAGAGCCCAUACGCCGUCCCGCCCCACGCGGGGGUCAAGCGGCCCUCUGAUGCUGGCCACAGCCGGCAAUACAAUCUCGAGGAUCAGUCCCGCCUCGCCGCAGAAGAAGACAAGCGCAGGCGAAAUACGGCUGCGAGCGCCCGAUUCAGAAUCAAGAAGAAGGCUCGCGAACAAGCUCUCGAGAAGAAGGAGAAGGAGCUCCAAGACGAAGUUUCUCAGCUCAAAAACCGCAUCACCCAUCUAGAAACUGAGAACAAGUGGUUACGCGGCCUGGUCAUGGAGAAGACGGGAUCCAAGGAGUCAAAAUUCGACCCCAAGUUGGCCGCAGCAUUGAAGGUCCUAGGAAAGGAUUCGGAUUCCGAGGACGAAUCGAAAAGAGCAAAGUCGGAAGACUCUGAGGUCGAAGCUAAAUAA